UCUCUUCUCUCUCUCUUUCCUUCUUCUUCUCUCUCUCUCUCUCUCUCUCUCUCUCUCUACAUAGCUCUUGUUUGCUGAGAAGAUCUGGUGGUCAUCCAUGGCCGUUUUCCACGCAAACUCCGUCAAUUUCUAACUCUCUCAUAUCACUUACUCUCUCUGCUCUUUGUUACUUCUUCUGAUCUUCUUCGCCGGAGAUCUUCACGAACGGCUCUGAUCAGGAUCGGAAUUUUUCACACAGAGUCAUGUCGAUCGCAUUGGACAAUAACCGCAGGAUGGAUAUGAAGUCCUCGGGAAUCAUGCGCGGCUUAGUCUUCGAUUCGCCGGUGGAAGGGAGGAUCGCCGGCGCUGGUGAUUCAGACACGGUUAAGGAAUCGAACGCGUGCAAUAAUGAAACUUCGUCGGCGUCGGCGUCGGCGUCGGCGUCGGCGUCGUCUUCAUCGAUCGGGAAGAACAGCGAUUUGUCGGUGAGAUCGUCGUCGGACGGCGAUGAUUGCGAGGAGAAUGAGGCUCAGAGCUCGUAUAAAGGACCUUUGGAAAUGAUGGAAGCCUUGGAGGAGGUUUUGCCUAUCAGAAGAGGCAUCUCAAAAUUCUACAACGGCAAAUCCAAGUCAUUCACGAGUCUAGGAGACGCUGCCUCCACUUCCUCCAUUAAAGACAUAACCAAACCAGAAAAUGCCUAUACCAGGAAGCGCAGGAACCUGAUGGCUUUCAAUCACGUUUGGGACAACAAGAACCGAAGCUUCCCGCUCAGAAGUAAUGGAGGAGGGAUUUCGAAACGACCCAUCAGCUCGAGUCGGAGCUCACUGGCUUUGGCCAUGGCAAUGAGCAGCUCUGAAAGCAGUAGCAGCACCAGUGACGACUCCUCAUCGAGAUCCCCGCCUCCACUCCCGCCACUGCAUCCACAAGCUAGGGCGUCGUUCCAUGUGAAGUCUUCGACAUCGCCUCCAAGACAUUUCUGUGCAUCAAGGUCCUUGUCCUUGGCUGACUUACAACAAUGAGCCACUAAUUCCACUGCCGCUAACACCCAUGCGUUUUAACACUGUUUUUCCUCCCACCUUGUGUUUUGCCUCGGCAGAGUCUGUAAGUUAGUGUGGGAGAUGGCAUUUCUUAUCUGCCUUUCAGUUCGCUUACUAGUUUUCCAUGUUCAAUGGAAGUUUAGUGCUUUCAAAUCGUGUAUAUGCUUGAUGCAAAUGUGCUUAACAUGUCUAAUCCACUUUACAAGUCCGGCAUGAUCUUUUUCAGAUGCAGAGGGUGAAUAAUAUUUAUAUCACAAAAGUCCCAAAAUAUUAAUGAAGGCUUUUUUUUUUUCUU